AUGGCACCUCGGUUCGCUUUCCAUGCAAGUAAAUUCCGCAAUAUCGAAUGCCACCAUUUUCCUCAAGAGCAAACUUUUACUCAAUUGCAAGUAUCAGUGGAUACCAAUAUCGUCACAGCCACGUCGUCUCAUUUUGCUUUUAUUCACCAAUUCAACAAUAGCGGUACUAUUCAACUGAAACGACUUACUGAGACAGGGAAAGAGUCAGUUACUACUAUUCCAACACUAGUGCAUGCCCAUCCAACUGGACGUAUUACAGCUUUGACCUUUUCUCCUAUUCAUCAAGAUUUAUUAUUAUCUGCAGGUGAUGCAAAUGCUACAGUAAAGGAAAAAAACGUCGGGAUUGUAGCAGGAAUUAUACCACAUCCAACAGCUGAAUCAGUCGUAGCAACGUACGCAAGACCAGGAACAGCAAGAGUCUAUGAUAUACAGGCAGAAACAUUAUGCUUUGAAGUAGCAGUAGAGGAAAGUACAAUCUUGAGCUCUAUGGCGUGGAAUUGGGACGGCAGUGCAGUGUUAGUAGCGACACAGGAUCAAGCGGUGAGGAUUUUGGACCCACGUGUGGAUCAAAUGUCGACGCCUGUGAUUGAAGCUGCUCAUACUGGAAAGAAACAUUUGAGUGUGCUUUGGUGUGGACGAAUGCAGCAUUUUUUAACAUGUGGAAGCGAUCGGAUGCAGGAGCGAGAGAUCAAGCUAUGGGACCCAAGACAAUUGGCUAAGUGUGUACAUCGUGAAAGGCUGGAUGUGGGAGGUAUGGGCCAAUUGUUUCCGUUAUAUGAUGCAGAUUUGGAUCUAUUUGCAUUGGGCAACAUGACGCUUGCAGCGACGCUACUGCCAAAAUCGGUGUGUGAUACAAACGUUUGUGAAGUUGCACGCGUUCUAAAUCUCAGCGCAAACGGAAACAGUCUUGGUGGUAGCUGCGAAGUCCUAAGCUACCGGGUACCUCGGAAAGAGGCGACGCAUACGUUUCAGAGUGACUUGUACCCGGACACAUUGACAGCACAAGCUGCGAUAACGUCUGAAGAGUGGCAACAAGGACGGAAUGCUGAGCCUAAGUUGCGUGCUGUGAUCCCAAGUGCGAAGCGGGUUGAGGACAUGGACGGAAGUGUGUUUGGAAGACUGACGGCAAGUGCAUCUGCAUCAUCGGGUUGGAGCGCACCAGGUUCGAAUGCCGGUACUGCAACCAAUGGGUGGCAAGCUUCAGGUUGGGGCCAGGCGUUGUUGUCAACAGCGUCAUCAAUUACGCCGUCAAAAACAGCAUCUGAUGCCAAGACAGGGUGGAGGUCAAAUACAAAAAAGUGGAACGAGGCCGAGUCUAAGAACUCUGCUCCAUCGAUGCAAUGGCGAACUUCUGUUCCUACCGAUGCUACUGUUACGCUACCGAUAUCUGCAGCAGCCCAUGGCACACUCAAUAGUACAGCCACCACUUCACUAUCUAUCUUGACGGAUGGAUCUAAAGGAUCAAAGACAAAACCUGACGAACCACCUCCUACGGCCCUCGCUGCUAUGGCACCCAACGCAUCAUGGACAGGGACAUGUCACAUGACAACUGCAGAUGCAAUCAAGUUGUCGGACAAGGCGCAGCGUCUCGGCGCCAGAUACGGGCACAAGCUUAAGUAUUUGCAAGGUAACGAAGCAUCACGUAACGACGUGUUUCAUUUUGGUGACAAACAUGUCGUAUAUUCGACGCAAGCAUCGCCUGUGAUUGCUGCGAACGCAACAUUUUGGGCAGCACCUAUUGCUGGUGCGGGCGGGCCUGUACUUGUGGAAACGCUUCGAGCGACUGGGAAGGCACAACAUGGCGCUGUGCCAGUGAUUAACGGGCAGAAGGCAGAAGUGUCUACACUGACAUUUAACCCUUUUGCUGACAACGUGCUUGCGUCCGGGUCCGCUGACUCAACUAUCCAGCUCUGGAAUCUUAUGAAAACAGAUUUGGAUAGAUUUCACGCACCGAGCACUCCCUCGCUAACGCUAUCGGGGCAUAGGAAAGGCCUGAGAGCUAUUCAAUUCAAUCCAACAGCGGCCGACGUUUUAUGCUCAACAAGUCACGAUCUCUCACUGCGCUUUUGGGAUAUCGAGGCGGGACAAGAAAAAAUGUGCGUGGAGGGUAAGCUGGACGAUCUUGCGUGGAACAUGGCGUUCAGUAAUGACGGUGCGAUGUUGGCCACUGCAAGCCGCGCUAAAAUUGUCCGUGUGUUUGACCCUCGCCAGCCUGAGCAUGCGUUGGUUAGUAUGGGUUGCGGCCACGAGAGCAAUAAACCACAGUUUGUUUUCUGGGCAGACUCCACCCGUCUGCUGACAUUUGGUAUGAAUAAACGCAACGAGACGCAGGUCAGUUUCUGGGAUUCGCGCAGCCUGUUGGAGCCUCUGGGCGUGUCGGUGUUGGUAGAUCCGGCAGCUAGCACAACGACACCAAUUCCGUUAUACGAUGCUAGUUCGCAUUUGCUCUUUCUUGUGGGCACAGGAAGUCGCCACAUUUGGAGUUACGAAGUUGACCCGGUCGUUACAAUGGUGCAACCUAAUUUGCCAUUCAUGAUGACUGGUACCGACACCAUUGGCGGUGUUGCACUUCUUCCAAAGACUACCUGUAACGUUCGCGAUGUGGAAGUGGCACGGUUGCUCCUGGCAACGCCAAACGUCGUUAAGCAAGUGACAUUCUCUCUACCCCGAGCAGAGAGGUUGAAAGAGUUUUUCCAAGAUGACGUUUUUGGCUUUGUUUCUAAGCAAGAACCAACAGUGACUGCUACACAGUGGUUCGCGGGCGAGUCUGGAGCUCCUCUUUACGAGUCCCUUCGACCUGAUGGCAUGGUGCUGCUCUCGGAGAAGCCAAAGGAAGCUGCGCCAAAGCGUCCCAAGACCUUAGAUUUUCAGGCCCGAAGGCAACAGGAGGAGGAGAAAGAACGCCAGAAAGCCGCUGAAUUUGCUCGACUAAGUACUCUUGCCGCGCAGCCGUCACUGCAUCCCACCCGGCAAAAUGUAGUCAACCUACACGCGCCUCAAAGUGCAGAAGACAGCGACGACGACUGGGACGACUGA